AUGUUGACCCCUACUUUAAGAAUCUCCCCAAGACUAUUGACUGUUUCUACCAGAACCUUUUGUUCAGCUCCAGUGGCUAGAUUCCCACACAGAAAGGAGCACCAGAAUGCUGAAGAGCAGAAGGAACAGAAACUGUUCGACCAGAACAAGAGUAAGUUGGAUAACCUCGAGCAUGAACAUGGUGUUAAAAAUACAGACAGAGAGAGCUGCGAAGAAUUGAAGAAGAAGGGUGAGGAUGCUCAAGUCGAACAAAACAGACCAGAUGAUGGUGUCUACUAG